AUGGAUGCACGAUCAACGGAGUCUCCCCAAUCGUAUCGAUCAGGCAUUAAACGUCCUUGGGAAGACGAUACGAAAACACCAACACCACAAAAUGGAAGUAGUAGUAGCUGGCAUCGCGGAACAUUACCACCAAUUGAAGCUGGACCACUUUUGCAGUAUCCAAUGCAUGGCAAUUCAGGAAACUGGGCGAUACCAAACAACCAACAUACUCGGAAUGGCGAAAGUUCGGUCGUGAAAAGGUCGCGUUACGACGGGGGUAAUUACAAAGGAGUAGCGAGGGUGGAUCUAGACGCAUUUGGGAAAAUGCCCCCAUCGCAGGUACACUAUUCAAAUGGAUUGGGUCGUGAUUAUAGUCAGACGAUCCAGAAUGCUUCUACUCUUGUUCAACCUCCUCGAUUGAUCGUAAAUGGCCGGGGGGAUUCCUCGCAACAUAUGUCUAAUGUGUGUCGUCAGUGCAGGCGGCAGACUACAUUUGAUCAAGAAGAAGAAUCUUCACCAGAAUGUUGCGAGCAUUGCCAAAAGAACCCUGAACUUGCCCUUGUUACACAAGCUUGCAGCGUUGGGCUUACUCAGCUAGCGGAGACGCUCCGUUCGGGUAUAGAUUCCGAGAAGCGUGGUAUCAAUCCAGCCCACUCACAGUUGCGUCUUCUUCCUUCUGGAGAUCCACCUCCAAUGAUUGACUUUGGCCUAAAACAAACACUCCACUGGAUACUUACCAAAAUUAACAAAGUCAACGAGCUUGCCGAUAAGUUCGUUCAGCAGAUCCCUCCAGGGUCUUCAAAAGCCCCCUUCAAAAAGGAUGCUGUUAACAGUGUGACCCCAUAUGAUCCUUUGAUCAUCAUGAAAAGACGCAUUGAGGAUGAUCACCAGGGAACUACAUUGAAUGAAAUGGGCACAUCUGAUUCUAGAAUGCACCAAAGACGCAGGUCUAUGGCUAAAUCACUCAGCGAAGGACUUCCACCCAUAAGAACACAAUCUCCCAACUACAUCCAUUUGUCAACCGACAAUACGAGCCGGAGGCUUUCGAGCAUGAAUCCUCCUUCAGCGCCAGCUCGACAGUUACCAUCUCCACCAGGACGAGCUUUUCCGUCUCCAUCCCCGACCUCGGUCAGCUUCUCGUCUCCUUCAGGGUCGACAUCAUAUACGGGUCUGUCUGGUGGCUCGUCUCAAUCAUCAAAAUCCCACACUACUAACAAUAUCCUACCUCCCAUUACAAACGCGCAAUCUUCUGAUAGUGCAUUGCAAGUCCAUACAGCAGCGCUUCAACAUGAGGUUUCUAUCCAAAAGAUCGCAUUAUCAUCGUUGCAGAGUGAACACGAUAAGCUCCUUGCUGCUUUCUCGCGGUCUCAAAGUCGAGCGAGCGCCCUCGAGAAGAAGCACGAGGUUUCCGAUAUCGAGAUUUUUAGCCUUACUGAAGAGAGAACGCGAUUACAUGCCCAAGUUCUCGAAUUGGAGGGAGACGUCGAGGAUCUUGCGAAAAGUAGGGACACCUACCGACAAGCAGCGGUACAAGAAGGGGCACAGUACGUUGAGAUUGUGAAGAUGGCUAGUCAACUGGAAGAAAAGACUGGGGAAGAGAGAAAGAACUGGAAUAAGUUGAGACUUGAGAUGGAGCAAAGAAUUGAACAAUUGAGUAAUUGGAUGAAGGCUCAUGGCGAAGAUUUUGGCGCAAAAUCACUCAUACCGGAAUGCAUUGAGAAAAAUGCGGCUUCAUCCAGUGAGUAUAAUGAUGAGGGAUCGAACGGUAUGGCAUCGAUAGAAUCGACUAGUGAUAAACAACUUCGCGCAAAGGAUGACCAGGCAAAUCUUCUCAAAGCAGAAAUCGAUCGCUUGCAAAAGCGCUGUGAAGAGGUGGAAGCCGCAUUGAAAGCUGUCAGACAAGAAAGUCGAUCAAUGGAAAGCAUUAUGGAGGCGUUGAGUAGAGCUGGAAAGGGCAUUUUGCAAAAGAUUGAAAGUGUGUCUCUAAGCCCCGAGACACCCUUGGAACCGGAAUCAAAUUCACAAUCCAAGCCAGAAACCGAUCGGCUAUUACUUGACGAAUAA